ACAGUUGUCAAAUGUAAUGUGUCAAACAUUUAUGGUGGACGUCGGGUCACUGUCGAAGUUAUAAAUUCGCAGUUCUAUUUUCUUUCCAUGUAUUAGUGUAACUUUGUUUAUAAAUCAUGAUGGAGGGUUCUCUAAGUAAAUGGACAAAUGUGAUGAAAGGGUGGCAGUAUCGGUGGUUCGUGCUCGACGAUAAUGCCGGUCUACUCUCCUACUACACGGUAAUUCACAAUAGUUCGGAAAAGCCCCAGGGUGUUCGCUGGUCGCGCCGCCCAAGACCAGGCAACAUAAGUACUUUAAAGAGAAGCCCAAGACCCUCGCUCAUUGCUCAGAACAAUCGUUUCGGCAAAAUAAUGAUAAAUAUAGUCCACAGAAUAAGAAGACAAACGAAACCCGUUAAUUUAUUGAUGUUUUCCAAAGAGAAGAUGACGCGAGGCGUGAGGCGAGGCUGCGUGCGCCUGCGCGCCGCCGUCAUCGGCAUCGACGACGAAGACGACUCCACCUUCACCAUCACUGUUGACCACAAGACCUUCCACUUUCAGGCCCGCGACGGCAGCGAGCGCGAAUCCUGGGUGCGGGCUCUAGAGGACACCAUCAGCCGGCACGGGCGCCGCGAGCGGUGGUCGCGCCUGCCCGCGCCGCCGCCGCGCCGCUCCGACCUCGAGCGGCGCGUGGCGGAAGCCGACAAGUACCUGCAGAUCAUGAUCGACUUGCGCGCGAAAUUAGACACGCGAGUGUCAGAGCUGACGGACCCCAUCGAGAAGAGUCGGGGGCAAGUGAUACUGGACCACGCCAACGCCAUGUUGGACAAUAUAAAACAUUCCAUAGUGCUUCUGCAAAUAGCUAAGAAUACAAUAAACCCGGUGAACGGCAUGUACCAGGGCCCGUCCAUCCCCUCCUCGCAAACACAUAUCAAACAGGACAAAAUCAGCCCGGAGCCGACGAGCGUGGAGCUCGGCGCGGAGUGCCGGGAGCUCACCACUUCCAUGUCACUGACGCAGCUGGACGACAGAUUGGACGCUAACCGAGCUAUGACGCUGCUGGUGCCAGACACCUCGUAUUCAUCGUCGGAGGGCGAGGACGACUUCUACGACGCGGACGACGAGCCCACGCGCCCCGCGCCGCCCGCGCCCAGCUUGGCCACUGGCGCCACGCACGCAGCGCCGGCGGGGGGCGCGCCCGAGCAGGAUGCGCAGCCGGCGUCUUCCGUGGACCUGCCCCGGACCAGGGACGGAGAAAUUGACUAUGACGCGUUGUACGAAGACGAGUCGGACAACGACAUCGGCUCGAUGGAGAACCACGGCUCGGUGGUCACGCACCUGCUGUCGCAGGUCAAGAUCGGCAUGGACCUCACUAAGGUGGUGCUUCCAACAUUCAUCCUGGAGCGGCGGUCGCUGCUCGAGAUGUACGCGGACUACUUCGCGCACCCCGACCAGUUCGUCAAAAUAGUGGACCAGCCCACCCCCAAGGAGCGCAUGGUGCAAGUGGUCCGCUGGUACCUGAGCUCGUACCACGCGGGGCGCAAGUCGCAGGUGGCCAAGAAGCCGUACAACCCCAUACUGGGGGAGAUAUUCCGCUGCUACUGGGACAUGGACGCGGCCACCACGAGUGUGGACUGUGGGGAGAAGACAGAAGUGGGCGCCGGCCCCGUCCCCUGGUGCUCCCCGCAGCAGCUCUGCUUCGUGGCGGAGCAGGUGUCGCACCACCCGCCCAUCUCCGCCUUCUACGCGGAGCACGCGGACAAGCGCAUACAGUUCGAGGCGUGGGUGUGGACGAAGAGCAAGUUCCUUGGCCUGUCCAUCGGGGUGCACAACAUCGGAAAAGGUGUCGUCACACUGCUGGACUUAGGGGAGCAGUACACGCUUACCUUCCCUAAUGGAUACGGCAGAUCAAUCCUGACUGUCCCGUGGAUCGAGCUAGGCGGAACCGUCACCAUAGAAUGCGCCCAGACAGGGCACAAAGCCAACAUAGAGUUUAUAACGAAACCCUUCUACGGAGGCAAGAAGCAUCGAGUGACUUGCGAAGUGUUCGCUGGUGAUAAGAAGCCGUAUUAUACGGCUCAGGGAGAGUGGAAUACCAGGAUGGAUGGACGGUGGACUGAGUCUGGGCGCACCGACGUCCUAUUCGACGUGUCCACAAUGAAGCCGCGUCGCAAGCGCGUGGCGCCCAUCUCGCAGCAAUCCGCCACGGAGUCGCGGCGCGUGUGGCGCCACGUGACGUGCGCGCUGCGGAGCUGCGACUGCGACGCGGCCACCGCGGCCAAGAGGAAGGUGGAGCAGGCGCAGAGAGACGCCGUGAAGCAGAGAGAGAGCGGGAACGACAAGUGGCAGCAACAGCUCUUCAGUGCGCGAGAGGACGAGGGCUGGCGGUACAACACGCCGCUGAGCGAGCGCGCGCCCGCCGCGCCCCCCGCGCCCCUCCCGACUAGCAGUGACAACGCAGAAAACACAAGAUAAUCCACUAGAAAUAAACAUUAAAAACUCCUUCGAGCCCACUUACUAGGCAUUCAAACUCCUUGCAACGCACCGACGAACGUUAGAAAUUUAAAAAUAAAACGUUAUUUUUUAAUCCAAGGCUCCUAAGAUUAUCGCCAUAUUUAAAAAAUAAAAAACAUAUUUUUUAACAUUACCUUUUUUAAUCCUUGACUCUUCUUAAUACCUAUGUAUUUUUUUGUAUAAAUUAAUUAAAAGAAUACCCUUUCUAUGGCCUAUGUGAAGUCCAGCAAUAAUGUACAUAUUUAAUAAACAUAAUUAAAGUAAAUACUUACUUAAAAUAGUCUUUUGAAAAGCUUAUUUAUACCCAGCUCAAGUAUCUGGGGAAUGUUUGAUGUUUUAAGUUGGGAUUUUUAUGGAAAUUAUGUACUGUACCUAGAUAGUUUUAAAAUAGCAUGUGUCGUGUUAAAUAUAAUAAGUUGUGAGGAAUGGGAACGAAUGUGAUUGAUACCUGUUUUUCUCUUCGAUAGUAAUGUCUAGCAUCAUUGUUCUUUGUUUCAUAAAUGUGAGGAAUACUCUUGUAAUAAAUAUCCUUUAUAGUCCCUAGGUACUUCUGUCGCGUAUAGAUUUGGUUAGCGUAGCGGCACCACGAUAAGGUUGCAUAUGGGUAGUUAAAAAAAAGAAAAAUGUAGUGAAAAGACUGAGAGAAUGUUGUAUCGAAAAAUAAAAACGAAUGUCUGUUGAAACGAUGGGAGACAUGUGCAAAAAUUAUAUCAUUCAAUCACAUAGUAUAUUUGAUGAAUUAGUUAUAAUACCAUGUUGUAUAUUUAAUAAAGAUUACGACUUAAACUAGA